GUGAGAGAAGUGGUGUGUUGGCAAUGAUUAGAACGAAAUAGUUCCAUAGCCAAAAUAUAUAUUUUUUGACUUUCCGCGUGUAUUUAAGAAUUUGUUUGGGUAUUUGUUAAGUUUGAACAUUUUUUUAAAUCUCUGGUGAAAUAAAAACGUUAUGUUAACGGUAAAAAAAUAUUACGUGCCGAAACCGUGGUCGCGCAUUAAUAAUGUUAAUAGUCACUUGUUUGUUUUCUCUUUCAGCCGCUUUCAGCAGCUCUUUAAGCAGUCUGCAGUCUGUACGCCAUUUUGCAGUGUGUUUUAAUAUAUUACUGACCGUGAAAUAACGUACAGUUUGUGUUUCAGGAUUUUGUGUUAAUAUUGUGUAUUUUAACUUUGUUAUAUUAUUUAUUAUCUACUAUUGUAAUGAUGGAAUUUGUUAUCGUUUUGAUAUUUUGUGUGGUUCUUGUGAUUGCUGUAAUGGUAAUUGGUUCCGGGAUGGGGAAAGCUACUUCGUCGCAGCGUCAGAUGGACAUCAUUAACGUCGCUCAGAACUUAUAUCUUUUAAUUAGGAAAGGCGACUUGAAGAAAUGUGACGUUACGCAGACGACCGCGUUUCUUCUCAACAUCGCAAAGUCAACUGUUCUCAAGUACUACAAGAAAGACAUUGAAGAAGUUUCAACACCAGGAAAAAAGAGGAAAAAAAGGCCACAGGAAGGAAAGUCACUUGACACAGUCGACGAUUUCACAGUAAAUGCAAUCAGGAAUGCAAUUUACAGGAUGUACGCUGAAGGUUUGAAUGUUACAGUCGACACCAUUUUGAAAGAAAUCAGGGAAAGACAAAUAGAUUAUUAUGGUGGAAGAUCAAGUCUUCAUAAAUUGUUAAAGAAGAUGGGAUUUUCAUGGAAAACUGUUGAUGGACGAAAAGCUUUGAUAGAGAAUGAAAACAUAGUAUUGCAGCGAAUAGAUUUCUUGAGAAAGUAUAAAGAAGAAAAAGAAAGAGGUGCCAAUUUCAUAUUUGUUGAUGAAACAUGGAUUUUCCAGAGAGGCAAGGCAUUAAUUUAUUUGAAAAUUUGUUCUGUGGUCCAAUACAAAGUAUUUCAUUUCCAUUUCAUAUAUUUUUCAGGAACUGUAUCAAAGUCAUGGCAGGACAAGAGUCUACAAUCUGCGAAGAGACGUACUGUUGGAGAUGGUAAAAGGUUUAUUGUUGUUAAUGCUGGAGGGCGCACUGGCUUUGUGCCAGGAGCAGGAUUACUUUUUGUUUCAGGUCAGAAGACUGCAGACUACCAUGGCGAGAUGAAUGGGGAAACUUUCUUGAUGUGGUUUGAAGACAUGUUGGUGCAUCUUGAGGAACCCAGUGUCAUCAUAAUGGACAAUGCUUCAUAUCACAGCACCCAGAUGGGCGAGGUGUGUGGAUCACGUGGAGAAGCUAAUUCAAGCAGACUGGGAGAGAGAAGUCCACAUAGACAGCGGCACCAUUCCUCCACUCAUCAUCCACCUCGGCGAGGAUAGUUCAAGUGAAGACAGUGACAGCGAAGAAUUUGAGGUUACGACACAGCAAGUAGAUGGAGACAGUGAAGUACUGGCAGCUCCUCUUGAUGAUUUACCCGGGUGUUCUUAUUGAGGUCUGUAUGUAAUAAACACCUGGGCAACUGUAAGUAUUGGGGUUUGAAACAUUUUUUUUUUCUUUUAUGCAUUCCCAUGAAGUAUGUUGAUUACUGGAACUUUAUGUAUUAACUUUAUAUUACACGUAUUAUGAAAUGAAUAUUAAAUUUCAUUUCUGGAUUCGUAUAGGUGUAUGUGAAACAUUUUAUUUUGUUGUGUGUCUUCAUUUUUCAGUGAACUUACUUGGAAAACAAAAAGCCAGUCCCCAUCCAGGGCCACAAAUAAAUAAUGCAUAUAAGUGGUAUAGAAAUUACUGUCAAUUCUUCACCACAAUUUUACUGUUCAUAAAAUUAUGAUUUUGUCUAAUAAGUAUACUCAGGAAAAUGUAUAUAACCAUAUUUUUAUUUGUGGCCUUAACCGGCAAAAUGGUAGGGGUUUAUUAAAUAAAAGAAGAAAAUUCAUUUUUAAAUGUUUUCAUCUGAAUUUGUUAAUUUUAUUAAACCUUCAAUCCUUAGUCUUUUCCAGAUUGCUUAGAUGGACAGCCAUAUGUAUAAUUUACAAUACUUUUUUUUUCAGAUGCAGAAAACUGUGUUGAACUGUACUAAAUGAUGAUAUUUAUUGCUUACAUAAAUGUUGUAAAUUUA